GAACAAGUCAGAAAUCUUUUCCCGGAAAAAAAUUUUCUGUAAUUGAAAUAAUCAGCCAUCAAAGAGUAUAGCCAAGAGAAAACUAAUGAAAUCAACAAAACGGGGAGCAGCAGCAGAUAGCAAUAGAGGAAGCAGUAGCAGUGGCCAUUUACACACUCUCCAUCAACGUCUGAAACAUGCUUUAAGCCUUGGCAUCACCAGAUGGUGUGAUGAUAAAGAAAAGAAAUGGCAGUGUACGGAUAUAGAGAUUCAGAGGCAUGUAAUUCGUUCCCUUGCUGCUUUUCUUGAUUGUAUUUCUGGAGACGCCUCCCACCAUCGGCUUCUCAAGGAUUCACUCGCUGAUAUAGUUGGGGCAUUGGUGUGGAUUCUGCAAUGUAAAAGUGGAGCUAUAGUAGGCAUGGCAGCAAAUAUGGUAGUCAAGUUGAUUGGCACUAACUGUUCAAUCAUGCAAUUGUACAUGGCAGAUCUCAUCAAUCCUUUGUCAUCCUUGUUGUGUUCCAAAAAUUUAGAAGUUUCUACCUCCUGUGCCACUGCUUUGAACAUGAUCCUCUCCAAUCUAAGUGUUAAGAGUGAGAAAGAAGUUUGGGAGAUAGUCAAAGAAGCAAAGACUGUUAUUCAAAUUAUUAGGAUUAUGCGGGAAUUUCCUGGUGGCACCUUAUCUAUUGAGUAUUUUCAAGCGAUGGCUUCCCUUUUGAGUAUGAUAUUGUGGCAGUGGCCUCCAUCUCGUUUUUCUGUUUGGAAUGAUACUAUAAUGAUGAAAGUUUUAGAAGAUAGUUGCACAAAAUCUAAUGUCUCUACAAAAGCUGCAGUGUUGAAAUUGUAUUCUGCAUUAGCUCUAUGCAAUAUAGUGGCCAAGAAGCUUCUAGAAAAUGGAGAAACCAUUCUACCAAUGAUGUUUAAUUCGAUGGGUGGCUCAGAGGCUCUGUCAAUUAGAAUAGAGGGAUUUAGACUCGCCCAGCAUUUAGUGGCAGAUGAACAUCGAUGCAAAAUAAUGACAAGCUUACGUUCUGGGCCUCUAGUUAAAGCCAUUAUUGGAGGAAUGAGAGGAUGGAGCUUGGGCUCUGGAAAGAUUGCAAAUGAUCAGAUGUCUUUGCUAGAAGAGGCCUGUCGAUUGGCUCUAAUUACUCGGUGGCCAGGAGAACAUCACAUUUGCUUUUGGGAGGAAGGGAUUGACAAAGUCCUUCUUGAUCUGCUUCUUGAAAAUUUUGACAAACAAGUGUCAGAACAUCCUUUGUCAACUGAGGAACAAAUGUUAAUUGCUCAGGAAGGUCUUGAUGCAAAUUUUCUUCUAGCACUAAGGCCAUAUAUUUGGGAGAUUCUUGGAUGGCUUGCACUGCACUGUGCGAAAGAUUUUAGACCAAGUGUACAUCAAAAUGAGCUCUAUGUUGACAUCCUUAUCACAUGUGCAUGCGUGUCUUUUGUAGAAGCAAUUCACAGAGGAUGCCAAAUAUGUGAAAAUGAUGAUACCUAUAGAAUUGAAUCAUCCUCAAGAGCAGUUUUAAUGAUGAUGCAUUCUGCCAGCACGUAUAUUGCAUCAAAAGUGAGGCUCAUCCUUUCUGGAGUUCUAGAGCCAAAGGGCAAUGAGUAUCUGAAACGCUUGCUGCGUUUGCUAAAGUAUGCAUCAUCAACAAACAAUUAUGGAUUGCCAAACAUUCCUAAAACUGUCACUGAAUUAGUUGGCUUGGUUCUAUUUGCUCGCAGCCAUUCGCAAACCAUAACGGUUCCUAUCAGUUGGGAAGCAUUGAUUAAGUUAGUGCAAUGGUUCUAUGGUAGUGAGCUGCCAAAUCCUCCCUUUGGAUGUUUGUGGGACAAUAUGGACAUCAAGGAAAGGCUAUAUGAGCUGAAACCUUACGUAGAACUUUACUGGUUGGCUGAAUUUUGGAUUUUGGAAGAUGUUCAAGAUGCAUGCUUCAGAAUAGUUGUAUCUUGCUUGGAUUCUGAUAGGCAAUUGUCUGUUGAAGUUAUUAAACUUGCAGCUAAUUUCUCUCUAUGGAAGCUAGUUGAGGUAGCAGCAGAGUACAUGGCCCCCCUUUAUCAUAAACUACGGGACACUGGUGAUCUUGAAGAACUUGAUGAACUGCUAGUUGAUUUGGUUCGUGAUGCUUCUGUUAGGCUUUCUCAAGAGCGUGGUAAUUUGUCUGGAUGAUAUUGUCUAUAUCCACGUAAUUCUGUCAACUAUUAGUGUAAGAUGCCUUGAAACCAUUUCUCAUACUUCCAAUGUCAUGGAAUAGCAGAUACGGAUGUCCUUGGAUCUACUUGGAGAAUUUACAUACUCGCCCACAUAAUUUUAUAUUCUAUAAUUAACCAAUAGAAAAGAAAAAACAUGGAAGAGUCAUAGAGCCACAACCUUUUGGAUCCGUAACUCAGGUCUUUCUAAGCUAGAAAUGGUUCAAGUGUUAAUUUGGUAAAUAUUUCUUAAUUAUGAUUGAUUUACUUACUGCUAAGGUGAAAUUUUGAGGAUGUGAUUCAUUAGAAGGGAGGUAUUGAAGGUGAGUUAUUUGGUAAAUAGUUCCUUAGUAUUUGCUAUAUAUUUGUUCUAAGCAGCCUUUUUAUCAAGGCUGGGAAGCUUUUCUUGUUUAUGUUGUUGUACAAGAAGUAAGAACUAUGAUAGAAUGAUGUUCCUAUUGUUGGAGAA